CAUGCUUAGCCCUGCGCUCUGCGUGCUAUGCAGCCGGGCAGACAUCGCCUGCAGAUCGCCGAUCGAUCGUCUUCCUCAUGGACAAUGCAUGUUUUUUCAAGUGUGUGAGAGAAGGGAGGUUGCCUCUUCAAGGACUAGUACUGUACCUGCCAACUACAGUUUCUCAGGAACGUUGGGAAACCAGCUAAACAACACCCCUCCACCCCCCACUCUGCCCUGCUGGUCUCUACUAAUGACCGAAAUUCUGCUUUGACCAUGUCAUUGUCUCCAAUCCUGCUGUGUCCUCCGUGUUGGGUCUGCACCAGUGCCGGAUUUACGUAUAAGGAGCUUCUAAUACAUUAUUGCCUUAAUGGCUCUGCCGUCUCCAGAUCCGCAGUACGUUCUGCGGGGAACAACUGAUGCAGUCAAUGCUCUGUGCUUUCACUGUUCAUAUCCAGAACCGGAAGUUCCCAUUCUUUUCUCUGGAUCUUCUAAUGGGCUGGUCCAUAUCUGGAAUCUGAAAACCCGCAGGGUGGAUAGGACACUGGAUGGCCAUGGUGGGAAAUCAGUGUACUGGGUGAAAGCUUUACGCAACAGGAAAAAUGCACUUCUUAGCCAGGGCCGUGACCAAAACAUCUGCCUGUGGGACUUGGCCGAAGGAAGGAGUGCUGUCACAGACUCUGUUUCCACGGAGAAUAUUGGGUUCUGCAAAUGCUCCCUCUUGGAGGUUGAAGAGAGACGGUGGCUACUAGCCAUGCCAUGGAAAGGCCUGGAAGAGGUUCGGGUUUUGGAGCUGCCAUCCAAGAUUUCAGUCUGUACCUUGAAGCCAGAGGCCAAUGCCAAGUUGGGCAUGCCCAUGUGUCUGAAGAUAUGGCAGCCCAAGGUCAGCUUGCAUCCUUCCCUUCUGGUCGGCUAUGAGGAUGGAUCAGUGGUUCUGUGGAAUUUGUCAAUGGGGAGAAUGCAGAGCCGGCUCACAUGUCAUCAGGAGCCAAUCAUGGGCCUUGACUUUGACUCUGAGAAGGCCAAGGGGGUCUCAGCCUCGUCUGAGAAGAUGCUUUGCUGCUGGAGCUGCAAUGAGCAGCAGAGCCUAGAGCUCCAACAAACGUAUGAACUCACCAAUCCCGGGAUCGCCGAGGUGACCCUCCGCCAAGACAAGAAAAUCCUGGCGACUGCCGGCUGGGAUCACCGCGUCCGCCUCUUCGGCUGGAAGAAGAUGAAGCCUUUGGCCGUCCUGGACUACCACACGGCAGCAGUCCAUUGCGUGGCCUUUUCAGACCACAGCCAGCCCAAGGAGAGGCUGAUGGCGGCCGGCUCCAAAGAUCGCCGCAUCAGCGUCUGGUCAAUAUAUAAUCAAACGUGAAACGGCGUUGGAGCUGAAGAAGGAAGAAAGGGCAGAAGUUUGCGAUUUAGAGUUAAAGGGCAACUCAGAGCAAGGCGAGACAGAGAAUAGAAGUACUAUCUCACCAGGACUGCAGGACUCACAACCCCACUUAGCAGAAGGAGACAACAGGGUUGCUUUCAGGGUGGAGAAAAAUCAAUGAUUAUUAUUUACUUUUUUAAAUCAGAUUUUUUUGAUUUGAAUUGAUUUUUUUAUUAUUCAAAUUGGAUUUUUAAAAUAAAAUGCUUUCUAAAAUCUUUCUAAAGAUAGUUUUCUAUUUAAGUUACAUGCUAGUCCAAAGGCUAUUCAUCAGGAAAUAAGGAUUUGUUUUAAGUUUUUCAUGUGUGCUGAAACUCAGUCUAAGUUGUGUGUGUGGGUUUUUUUAAUAAAAAAAUGAACAGUUUAACCACAUCAGUUAACAAACACGGAUGCGUAUGCUAUAAUGUUAUUGUUUCGGUUAAAUAAAUUGUUUACAUUGUUAUUAAGGAAAUGAUUAUUUUUCUCCUUCCAAUAAAGUACAGGAGAAAAGUUGUCCAAAUAUAAACAGUUAACUUAUUAAACCUCACAAUAAUUUCAUAAUUAUCUGUCUAUGUAUUUCUAAUAGUAUAACCAAAUCAGUAAUUUUUGAUAUAACUGUAAAAACUACUCUGACAAUUUAUUAUUCCAAAAACGAAACCUUCAUCUGGUUGUAAAUAUUAAGAUUAUACCAGCAAGAAUGAGUCUUUCUGUAAAAAAAAAAUGAUUUAAAUCAAGUCUUACUGACUAGUGAUUUAAAUCGAUAUGAUUUAAAUCAAAUCCACCCCGGUUGCUUUGCCACAUUUUAAAGUAAGUGAUCUGAGCUAUCCAACUGUCACUGGUGGUUCUUCCAUUGAGGUCCUCCUUGACACCUGACUGCUCAUCUACACUUCGGUUUCUCCUGUUUUUCCUUUUUUCCUGCUAUUUUUUUCUGAGAAACCCCCCUGUUUACCUUGGGUUUUGUGUGGAUUGGCACUUGAUCCAAUUCAGCAGCAAACAGCAGGGGUUUUUUUGAGGGGGGGGGGAAUUGGAUGUGGCAAAUGAAAAACCUCUCAAACCCACGCUUAGAAAUUACGGGACAAAAAGAAAUAGUUGAUGAGUCUUGUUGAUGGUUUCUCCCUGACUUGACAACAUGCCUAUUCUUGAAGUCUCUUGUAACAGAGUGGGGGAAAGAACUGGAUAAUAUUUUACUGGUUAAGGUGUAGGAGGGCAGAACAGUGAGUGUACUAAUGUCCAUGAGAGCUAUGUCCGAGAAAUUCAUACUUCGUCAUGUUAUCUUUAUUCCUAUAUUUUGUUUCUGAAUAUGAUUCUUUAAAUAAUAAUAAUGAUAAUAAUAAUAAUAAUAAUAAUAAUAAUAAUAAUAAUAAUAAUACACGUUAAAUUGUACUGGACAUAUUGGUUCCAGCUCAAACUGCAGCCUGACUGAAGUUUUGCAUUACUGGCACUAGGUUUUGAGGAUCCUUUGGCAAUAUGUCCUCUGACUGCCCUCCUUCUCCUCACUACCUUCCCCACCACUUGGGUAGACUCUAGGUAAAGGUAAAGGGACCCCUGACCAUUAGGUACAGUCGUGACUGACUGGGGUUGCGGCCCAUCUCGCCUUAUUGGCUGAGGGAGCCGGCGUACAGCUUCCAGGUCAUGUGGCCAGCAUGACAAAGCCACUUCUGGCGAACCAGAGCAGCACACAGAAACGCCAUUUACCUUCCCGCCAGAGCGGUACCUAUUUAUCUACUUGCACUUUGACGUGCUUUUGAACUGCUAGGUUGGCAGGAGCUGGGACCAAGCAACGGGAGCUCACCCCGUCGUGAGGAUUCAAACCGCCGACCUUCUGAUCGGCAAGCCCUAGGCUCUGUGGUUUAACCCACAGCGCCACCCGCGUCCCUCGGGUAGAAUCUAGACACUUACAAAAAACCGUUGUAAAAGUGGGGUUUUUUUAAUGUUUUGAAAAAUAUAUUGAAUUUGCCAUAGCUCACCAGCACCAUCUGGUGUCAGCUUUGUAUAAUGCACUUUACAACAUUAAACUCUUAAAAUGUUUUAUUUGCAGCUGAGUCCUUGCUCUCUGCUAUACAGAGGGAAAGGGCAAGCCGAGCUGGUGCCUGUUGCUCCUUCUACUCUAGAGCAGGGGCCAGUAGUGGAGGGCCCUGUCUAGGCCUGGGGCCUCAGCAGGGGCCCAACAACACAAGCUUCCGUGCCGGCCAGCCUACAUUCCUGUGAGUAAGCCCAAAUUGAACGAAAUGGGGACUUCCCUCUGAAUAAGCAUGUACCUGUACUGUUAACCAGGAAAGGGAGGUUCUUGCCAUAGUUUGUGAUUGCUCUGCCCACCCGCACCAAUAUAUAGCAGUUUGAAGGAGUGGGGGACUGCAGGCAAUGUCUUGGAAGGUG